UUUGUGACGUCGUGCUGCGCAGCGCGACUAUUUUCGUUCGUGAUAGGUGGUAGACAUUUUGUUUUGAUUUUGUGACGCAAGAGAACGGUGAAUGUAAGUAGGGCUUUUUAAAAUGCCAUUGAACGCUAUAGGAUGGACAACUGAAGAAGAUGAAAAACUAAUUGAAUUAGUUCAACCCCACGGACAUUUGUAUUGCUGGUUGGAUCCAUCGCGAAAGAAUAUACUAACUCGUGAGAGAACCUGGCAAGAAAUUGCUACGGAAAUUUUAAAACCAGUUGAGGAAUGUAAGAAACGCUGGAGGGGUCUCCGUGAUGGAUACACAAGAAACAAGCGCAUGGGAUCAAUACAUAAAUCUAAAUUACCCAUAUUUGAAAAACUGAAAUUUUUGGACGGUAUGUCCCUUGAUAGUCUGCAAAUAGAAAACAACACAUUGGAAACAAGAGAAAUAUUUGAUGAGGAUACCUCGGAAAGUCAAAUAUUAGAAGAGCAAGUAGCCGCCGAGCAACAGGUCAUAACAGACAACCAGGAAUAUUAUGAAAUAACCCUUGUUGAUAAUCCUAUGCAAGAAACCGAUACAAAACCACAAAUUAUAAAAAUAGUCCCAAAGAAAAUUAAACUAGAAGGAAAUAACCAAAUUGGCGAACCACCAAAAAAAAUUGGAAGAAAGAAUGCUGGCAGGAAAAAGUCCGUGCCGAUUCCAAGAAAUAUUCCACCAAUUAAAAUUUUACCAAAACCGAUUGUAAUGAACGAACCUAGGAUAAUAAAAUGUGUCGAGGAUCCAAAAACACCAGAGCAAAGAUCGCAAGUCAUUGAUAAACUUAUUGAGAAAAUAUUGAAAGAGAAUACAAAUGAAAUUGACGUAUUCUUCAGAAGUAUGGCGGCUAGCGUUAAGAAACUACAACCAAAUCUAAUUCCAAAAGUUAAAAUGGAAGUGUGUAAUGUAAUAGCUAAAUAUGAAAUGCAGAGUUUCGAUAAGAACAUGCAGAAUAGCUAAGUAUUUGUAUAAUUAACUUGUGGUACAAUUUAUCAUACAUAGUAUGUUAACUUUAUGUUGAGAUAUCGCUUGUAAGAUUACACAAUAUAUGAAAUACAUUUUAUCAAGAAUGAACACACUGUACAUGAAUAUUAUAAUAAAACCGAGGAUGAAUCCAUUUAACCAAAGAUCUCAUCAUAACUGCCACAAAACUUAAAUAUAAAUAAUACUUAUUGUAUAUAAAUGUAAAUAUAUAUUGAUUUAUGUUAAAAGUACACACUGUUUACAAAUAAACAGACUAUAUGAAGUA